GUAAUGUCACCUCUCGAAACCGACAUACUAGCAUUUAUGGUUUUUCUUUUUAUUGCUUCUCUAAGGUGGCUUUUGAAAGUGACACCAAGUGCCGCAUGUGGAGAAAGGGUUUAAAAGUUUGGCGUGUUCAAGUAAGCUGGCCGGAGAGCCAGCCUGGGCUUUUGUGGACUGAGCCGAAAAUCAGCGAUGGACGACUCCUUGGCGUGUUCCCCCAAUGCCACCGUCUGUGAAGGGGCAUCUUGCGUGGUGCCCGAGAGCAACUUCAAUGCCAUCCUCAGUUUGGUACUCAGCACUAUUCUGACCAUCCUGCUGGCCAUGGUGAUGUUCUCGAUGGGGUGCAACGUGGAGAUGGGAAAGUUCCUCGGGCAUAUCAAGCGGCCAUGGGGCAUCCUCGUGGGUUUCCUCUGCCAGUUUGGCAUCAUGCCUCUCACAGGCUUCCUCCUGUCGGUGGCCUUUGGCAUCCUCCCGCUGCAGGCUGUGGUGGUGCUCAUCAUGGGAUGCUGCCCUGGAGGAACCGCUUCCAACAUCCUGGCCUACUGGGUGGAUGGUGAUAUGGACCUCAGCGUCAGCAUGACCACGUGCUCCACACUGCUUGCCCUCGGCAUGAUGCCCCUUUGCCUGUACAUCUACACCAAGAUGUGGGUCGACUCUGGGACCAUCGUGAUCCCCUAUGACAACAUAGGUACUUCUCUUGUUGCCCUCGUUGUCCCUGUUUCCGUUGGAAUGUUCGUCAAUCACAAGUGGCCGGCAAAAGCCAAGAUCAUUCUUAAAAUUGGGUCGAUAGCGGGAGCAAUCCUCAUUGUGCUCAUCGCGGUGGUUGGAGGGAUCCUGUACCAAAGUGCCUGGACCAUCGAACCCAAACUGUGGGUUAUCGGAACGCUGUUUCCUAUCGCCGGUUACCUCCUGGGGUUUUUCCUGGCUAGGAUAGCUGGUCAGCCCUGGUACAGGUGCCGGACCGUUGCCUUGGAAACAGGGAUGCAGAACACUCAGCUGUGCUCCACCAUCGUGCAGCUCUCCUUCAGCCCCGAGGAGCUCAACCUCGUGUUUACCUUCCCCCUCAUCUACAGCAUCUUCCAGAUCAUCUUUGCAGCUAUACUAUUAGGAUUGUAUGUCACAUAUAAGAAAUGCCACGGGAAAAAUAACGCAGACUUUCCAGAGGCAAAGGGCAAUGAAACGGAAACAAAGCCAUCAUUUGAUGAGAUAAAUAGAGGAUUUCAACCAGAUGAAAAGUAGACACCAAGUGUACAAAGAAGAAAACUGUCAAAUAACCAUCUGGAAACUACAACUAUCAUUAUUUGCUUUGGUGGGAUAUUCGGCAGGAAAAAAUGAAGUGGUAAAUUUAAAUUGAGUAUAUGUAUUUUGUGACAAGUACUGUUUGAGAUAUAUGUAUAUAUGUGUGUGCAUACACACACACACACACACACACACACACAGUCCGUCAGUACCCAUGGGGGAGUCCCAGAAUGCCCUUUAGCCUCAAAAUCAGCAGAUGCUCAAGUCACUUUCACAGGAUGCCAUAAUAUUUGCAUUAACCUCCUAAAUAUUUCAAAUCCUCUCAACAAUAUUAUAAUACCUAGUGGAAUAUAAAUGCUAUGUAAAUAAUCAUUACACUGUAUUGUUUAGGGAAUAUUGACAAAAAGCAAAGUUUAUAAUAUGUUCAGAACAGAUAUGACUUUUCCUGAUAUUUUUGGUCUACAGUUGUUUAUAUCCACUGAUGUGGAAUGCUUUCCUGGAGGGCCAAGUGUGUUUGUAUAAAAUAUAAUAUAUUUUUUUCAUUGAAAUAUUACCCAGAAGUCUCUCUGUAGACAUAACUGGAUAGAGGUGAAAAACCACAUAUCACAUAUCUAAGCUGAAUUCUGUUGCAAAAACCUCAUAACCUAGAGAUGAGCACUUUUGUAUGUUAAAGUAGAUGUAGCAGAUUAUUAUUGUAAAAUGAGAGUUUCUUCCAGUAUUUAUGAUUGUAAAAAGAUUGACAUGAAUGUAUUAUUCUGACAUUUUAAUCAUUAUUUUGAAAACUUUGCAAUUUAUUUAUUUGUAUGUUCAUAGCAUAAUGUGAGCAAAUCUCUAUCUUCCUAUUAAAAAAAAAAAAAAAAAAAAAGGCUUCUUCCAGUGACAAUCCAAAAACAGAAAUAGAGAGUUACCAACUAGAAUCUACUCAUCACAUUAUAGUCAGUCUUUUAAUUCAUCCCGGAUAUGGUACAACUGUUCACCAACUCCAGAUUCCACUAGUGCUCCCUUUGUCUUUCAAGGAAAACAAAAGUAAUUCAAACUGGAUUGUACUUGUCUACCCGCUCUUCAAGCUCUGAAGGGAAACUUCCUCAAGGGUUGCCCAAGAGAGGCUGGUCCAGAAUGGUUACCAUGACGGUUCUGCUCACGAGAAUUGUCCGCAGCAGGUAGCAAAGGGAGGUACAGAGAGAGUAGAGUUGGGAGAGAUAACCUCGUGGGUGCAUGGGUACAAUGCAAGAAAGAAGAGAACGUACUGAAGAGCACAGAUGGCAGCAAGCUAGUGGAAACGCUGAAAUCGGGUCAUAUUUGUAUGCAGCAGGAGGAGCUAGAAGAAGAGCCAAGGGGGAGAGUGGCCCGGUAGUGAGUAUGAAACAGCACUAGAAGGAAAAGAGAAGUUCCCAGGGACAGAAGUAGAAAGGACACUCCUACGUGAAUUCCGUAGGUAGGUGUGACCCAGGAAGCAAGUGGGAUUGGAUAGAAGGUAGCCAGCUUUGUGGAUGCCAGCAGGGCUCACGUUUAUGCAAACACUUUGGAGCAGAUGCUUGGAUAUUUUUAAACCAGUCUUUAGAGGUUUUGUUCCACAGUCCAUGUGGACACUCCCACAGGCUCAUAGACCCCCUUCAAAUGCUUUGCUCCAAAGACCAUUUGCAUUUGGGUGGUCUGCUUUAGAUCCUGCUGGUUGUGGAAAGAUUGUAAGAACUCAGCAAUUCCAGCAGAAGAUGAGGGCUUCUACUCUUAAAACAAUAGCAUUUAUGUCUUUUAUAAGAACUUCACAGAUAUUGAAUACAAUCCCCAUAUCUUUUUUUUUCUUCUUUAUUAGACAAGUACACUAAAAUGAGCUGGAAAUUUCUUAGGGGAUACUAGGAGUAAAGAAGAUGAAUUUUCUUCUUGGGGAAUGUCAGAGAACAUCAUCCAAGGAUGCAAAAGACAGUCUAGCUAUGAAGUUCCUCCUACACUUUCCUCAUAAAAGAGAAAACAGACAGGUGCACUAAAGACACCCUGUGAAUUCAUAUUAAAUUUUCAACUCACCAGAAGUCAAGGGCCCGGAUGCCAGCAGCUUCAGCAGCAGGGUUUUCCUCCCUGUUGAUUAGGAUACGUGAGUGAGACAACCUGGCUUUCUUACAUGAUGUGGUACCUUAUGAGCUGUAUAUUUUUUCCCUAAUAUGCUAGACAGAAGAAAAAUAGCUCAGCUUUAUAAAAUGACAGCUCUUAUUUUUAAAUGAGUUUGAAUAGCUGAUUAAAUUAUGUAUUUUAUUGCCUCUGCGAGUAUCAUAUUAAAUGAAUAUUUUAUUUUAAAGACUUAAAUAAAUGAAAAUAAUUUUUUUUAA